CCCUGUGAUUACAGGGGCUUUACCGAGCGAUAACAGCGGCAUGCUUCAGGGGCCGAGGGCCUAACAACGUGCCAGGCAAUAAGGGCAGCCUGCAUCAAGCUUUCACGUUCCUGAGCUUGCAUUUCUCCUUUGACAACAACCACGCACCGCUGCCAAUUGCAAACCACGCUACCGAUUUGCUGGGCUGUAAUUUUCUUUUCUUUUUCUUCGCCUUCCAAUUAAUCAUCUUUUAAUCGCUUUUCUUCUCUUCACCUUCUCUUGUCACCUCUCCCGCCCACAGCCAAAUUGUCCCUUUGCAGUCGUUCACGCCACCGAAACACAAGCUCAAGUCACAAUGGCCUUCCGCAUGCCCGCCGCUCGCCUUGCGCGCAGCCUUCCUAAAGCUCCCAGCUGCUCGUCCUCGACUCCCCUACGCAUGUCUCGCGUCUUCCGCCAACGCCGUCAAUACUCGUCCGAGCCCCCUCGCCCCAAGCAGGAUAAGAUCAAGUUCUGGCCUUUCGCUGUCAUCAUUGGUCUCGGAACUGCUGGCUACAUCUCCCUUGUCAACAGACGUAAAGACAUGCCUACCAACCCCACCGAAGCUGCUAGCCAGGUCGCCGCUGCGACCAAGGCCUCCCCGACCUUCUCUCCCGACGAUGUUACAGUGGUGUUUGUCCUCGGUGGCCCCGGCGCCGGCAAGGGCACGCAGUGCGAGCGCCUUGUUGCCGAGCACGGCUUCACCCACUUGUCUGCGGGCGACUUGCUCCGCGCUGAGCAGACCCGUCCCGGCUCGCAGUUUGGCGACCUGAUCCGCGACUACAUUAAGAAUGGCCUCAUUGUGCCCAUGGAAGUGACGAUUCAGUUGCUCGAGAACGCCAUGAAGGAGACGCUCGACGCCAAGAAGACCACCAAGGGCCGCUUCCUGAUUGACGGCUUCCCCCGUAAGAUGGACCAGGCUCACAAGUUUGAGGACUCCGUGUGCCCCGCCAAGCUUGUUCUCUUCUACGACUGCCCCGAGAAGGUCAUGGAGAAGCGCCUGAUGGAGCGUGGCAAGACCAGCGGCCGUGCCGACGACAAUGCCGAGAGCAUCCGCAAGCGCUUCCGUGUCUUCAUCGAGACCAGCAUGCCUGUCGUAGACUACUACGAGCAGGUUGGCAAGGCCGUCAAGGUCGAUGCUACCCCUACACCCGACAAGGUCUUUGAGAAGACCGAUAAGCUUCUCAAGGAGCGCCUUGGCAGCUCUCCUUAAAUGUUGUACCGUUUUUAUAGACGGGGGAGCAGCGCGCUGAAAUGAUGGGCGGUGAUGGUACUUUUGCAGGACAAUCGAUACGUCGUCUCCUACUGUUCUCUCUCUUUUUUUCUUACUGCCUCUCUUGUACGAUUUUGGCACAAGACGCAAACUUUGAAUGAAGCUCCGCUUCUGCUUCAAAUAGACAACCGCCGAGACAACGGCACCUUUCCUUUAUAGACGCAGGCGUGGUUCAACUUCUGAACCAGCAUUCGCACUAGAACUCUGUAUAAUACAAGCAUGAAUUCCACAUCCCCUGGUUUGUCUUGUUCCCAAUCACUGUGUAGAUAAUCACUGUAUGUAUAAACUUUUUGAAUUUUUUGCAAAUACGCUAGACCUGUCUGUCCUUCCAUGCUAUAUGUGUUUCCCUCUUUCUUUUCGCGAUGUACUUUUCAGCGACCAACAUCCACAGAAACACCUCAAAACGGAGUAAACCAACAAAGAGAGACGGCAACAAGAGGAAUAAAAGCCGACAAUGGGCUGGGAGAAGGUGAAAAAGAGAAACGCGGAAAGCAAUGCUGAAUAAACAAUGAGACAAACUCCCAGCGCUUCUCGUCUUCUAUUUCGCCCCCUUGCUGCCGAGAAUGCCCUCUAUUCCAUUUUUUCCCAUGUCCAAAGAUGCAAAGUGUCCCGAGCUUCCCAGGCAAACACCCUUUGUUGCCAUGAAAAGUCUGUCGAGAUGGGGUUGCUUUGGCGUAGAUCCCACGCUUUUUCUCACAUUGAGAGCAAGAUUGUCUACAGUGGUUCGUCUAGAACAAUAAUGUAGACUCAUUAAAAAAAACCCCAUUUCGUCCGUAAAUCUUUCUUUUCCUUUAAUCUUUCCCUAAAAAUCGAUACCUGAACAAAAGUUUGGUUGGUGUACUUGUGAGUCAUUUAGUCGUCAUUGUCAGUGCGCUCGCGCUGCUGGCGCUGCUCGUUUCGUCGGCCGCCGUGGCCACCGUUGUUAGCGUUGGCUACCUUGCGCUCGAGUUCCUGAGUCUCACGCUCGCGCUGAGUCUUGGCGUUGACCUGCUCCUGGUGCAGGACAGUGAGGACGUUCUGGAGGGUGUUGCGCCAGUGGUCGACGCGGGUGGCAAGCUCGCGGUACUGCUUCUGGCCGAAGACACGGUAGGUGACCUUGUGGACGAGGAACAUGCCGCGCUUUUGAGAGAGCUUACCCUCGACAAGGCCGGCACGGAUAACAUCGAUGGCCCAUGUCUCGACAUCCUCUGCCGAAAUCUGAAGAGCCUUGCAGAUCUUGGCGUACUCGAUCUCGCGGCUGGGAGUGGCAGCAGCAAGGCUGGCAAAGGUCAACAGACGCAUCUUGCGGUGCAGCUUCUCCUGGUCGAGGUUCUCCUUCUCAACCCAGCCCUUGUGCUCGUCGUUGAAGUCGUUGUAGUCCUCGAGGUCCUGCUCGGCAAAGAUAUCGAGAAGCUGAGAGUAAACGGCGUGAGUCUCGCUCAGAGCCUGAACGCAAGGAAUGGCACGAAGGUCCUGGAAGAGGUAGUAUGUGUUGGAAAGAAGAGCCAUCUUGACGGCGCGGAGAGAAAGGCGCUGAGCAUCGUCAGAGGUGAGGUCCUCCUUGUCGUCAGCAUCAAAGGUGCGGAGAGCUCUGAGCAAGAACUCGUAGCAUUCCCUGUAAUUGAACUGUUAGCUCAUCUGCACAUUUGGCAAUGCUAUAUCAUAUAUAUGACUAUUACUUACUGCUCCUCUCCAGACUCAAGGGCGCAAUCAGCGACCUGCUCAUAUAUGGUGCGCUCAACCUCCUCAUCGGUGCCCCAGGCGUCGAGCCAGCCGGGGAGCUUGUCAAGGUAUGUACGCAGGUUGUCAAACAUGCUGUGAGCCUUAAGAAACUUGAGAAUCUCCAUAAAGACGCGCGCACGGAUCGGGUCGCUAGGCUUGAGCAGGUUGAAGACGGUGGUGAGGGCGUUUAACGACAGACCAACACCGAGGACGGGGGAGCCGUUGAUGGGCUUGGCGAGGUUUCCGCAGAGAGCAGGGAGGUACUUCUUGGGGUCGGUGGACUGGAGAACGAGGUAGAUCAUGAGGUUGGAGGCGGCGGUGAAUUCCUUUUCGGGGACGGUGCUAAAGGCGCCAGACGAGGCAAUGAGCUUGGCGAGAACCUCCUCCUUGUUGGCAUUGUCCUUGCUCAGGAGCUGCUUGGCAUCCUCAGACUUGAGAUAUUCGGCCAUUUCGGUCGCGAGCUCCUGGAAAGAGCCGUCGACGAAGAGCAGCUGCGGCUGCGCAUCGUUGGUUGCGGCGGGCAUGGUUGCCUCGAAGCGGGGAGAUGUGAUGUGGGUGGUGGUGGAAGAAGGAAGCCGGAGGAGAGACGUCGAGAGUCUGUUGUCGAUGUCGCCGUCAAAAAGAAGACAAUGUCCUUUUUAUUGUUCUCUGGCAAAAGUCUUCAGGAGGAUGGAUGGGCGGUGGGGUGCGUUUGGGCGUGGACAAAACGGGUCGAGGGCGACUUGGGCGAGGGGCGU